GCUGAAAUUGGUCAUCAUGGAGAAGUGGGUACUUCUCCUGAUGUGGACAUCCAACAUCGACCUCCGCAUGCAGGUGGAGAUGUUCGAACUUUUUGCAGGACAGGCUCGUGUCAGCCAAGUUUGCAGAGGAGCUAAGAGGAGUGUUGUUUCCUACGAUUGCCUCUAUGACCCCGAUGGAAAGUUCAUGAAUUUCCUCAGUCCAGGAGGGCUGGUACUACUUCUCUUGAUCAUUCUGGCGGUUCAUAGCAUAUUCCUGAUCGAGCAGCCUCGUGGAAGUGACCAAGUCUUCCCAUUUCACGACCGGUCCUACUCCCGUGUCUUUGGGCAAAGGAUCCUUGAACUAUGGGACAAGGAGCGGGCGGCCACCCGGAAAGUGAUGGCGCUGCAGCAGGAGCUUGCCUCCUUUGAUGGAGAGGUGCCGGAAGGCGAGCAAUUGAGGGAGCUACUCCAGAAGCAUGGGUCAUUUGCGGCCCUUGAGGUGGAGCUAUCGAAAAAGUCUUCUCAAGUUACUCAGAAUGAGCGAGCUGGUGGUUGGGAGAACGAGGUGACGCUUGCGCAACUGGGUUGGACUGAGUGGCUUGGCUGGCAGUGGCUAGUGUCAACGCUAGGUGCAACUGGCACCAAUGAUGUGGAUCAUGCUCGUGUGGCAGUUGCAACUACGGCCAAGACGGCCAAGGAGAAAUGUGUUCUGGCGGUCUACAUCGACAUGUGUGGGAAAAAGGUGGACACUGCAAAGGAGCUUCAGGCGCUGGCUGAUGAUUUGAAGCCAAAGAUUGCAGACCUCGAGACCAGCUACAAAGAGUUAUUGCAGUUCCAGACCAAUGCCGUGAUUGAUGCUGGCACACCGCCCUCAAGGACUACCAAGGAGAACCUCCUGAAGUGCUACGCCACCUGCACCCGCUUGGACCUGGCUAUCAAUGCUCUGAUGAUUCGUGGUCGCUUCUUGCCUUUGGCACUGCCCUUGGGGGCUGCCCGGGUCUUGGCAUUGCCAAUCUUGAGAUUCCUGCCAGGUGCAGCAGGCGCAGUGAACAAUGAGAAUCUUCAGCGGCUAGCUACUGGAGAGUUGGACUUGCUCUACAAGAUUUCUUCUGCCGCCAAUGACAAAAAUGUUUGCAGAAAUCUUCAUCGCUUGAUCCAACGAGAAGGCUUGACAUUGGCAUUGCCUAUCGAUUUCGUUGAAACUCCAGUUCGCAAGCGGCGACCUGUGGUUAAAAAAGUUAAGGUAUGGUACCCUGUGAUCUACCCAAGCAAAUGGGUGGAGUUCUUGAUGAAAGAUCAUGGCCACCUUCUUCUGGGAGGAGUGGACGCACGCAAUUGCAGGAGGUGGCAGGCAAAUUUACAUGAGUUUUGGAUUCGGUACAAGCAAUACGAUGAGCAGCACAUCAUGAAUGAGGCCAGUUCGCCGCCUACUACGCACACAGUGCCGAUUUAUCUCCACGGAGAUGAAGGACGCGGGAAGUACAAACUUCCACUGAUGGUGGAGUGCUUCCAACCAUUAAUUUCGCAUACUUACUGUACAAGAUUCCUUUUUACCUGCAUCCCGGCGGAGCUCUACUGGAAUGACUCUACUUUGGAUACCUUGAACGACGCCCUCGCUGCUGAUCUCAUUCGCCUCUAUCAAGAUGGUAUACGGGUCAAGACCCCGGAUGGCCCUGUCACAUUGCACUUCGCUGUGGUUGGCAUUAAAGGAGAUUGGGUCUAUCUUCGAAAGGAAUGGUUCAAUAUGUCUGAAGAUGCGCCGUGGCGUUCUGGUGAUGGGGCCCCGACUCCAUUCAAGAGGCAGGGCUCUCCGCUGUUCCUCGUGCCUGGGCUUGCGGAUCCGCUACGAGCUUUGGUCGAUCCAGCGCACACGUGGCAUAUUGGGUGUCUUGACAUUACAUAG